UCGACUUGACAUCACACGGUUAACAUGAAGCUCCUCCUGUUCACGUCCGUGGUCUGCUUCGCGGCGGUCUUAGCAGCGCCGGCUGACAAGCAGAAGAGGGAGAUUUUGCCGGGAGAUCCACGGUACGGAACCGACUAUCAGCACCAUCAUCACCACGAGCAUGAGAACGACGUGCAGAUCAGUAAAGCUGCUGGCGGUUAUGUAGGUUCUUAUGCGGUUCAUGACGAAAAUCAGUCGGGAGAAGCUCAGCCGCAACCCCAUUCGGCCUAUGGACCGCCUAACCACCAAGUCGGACAGCUCUUGGGCUCUGAUUUUCUGACGAACAGUGACAGUGCCAAAGCUAUCGCCCAUGUGCCGGCCACUUCCUACGGAAUCCCCGACACUCAGGUCAUUAACAAUAAUUUCCUCGAAGGCGGCAAGUUAAACGCUGUUGUCAAGACAGUUCACGAGCAUCCAACAUACGAUGUGGUGCAAAAAUCCGUAAUCCCUGAGGUCCACCAGCCAGCGGUCGUGCAUAAACAUGUGGAAACCGUCUCGGUUCCGCAGGUGAAGGUGACCACGUCUCAUCUACCUGUUCAAACUCAAGGAGUCGUCCAGCACAGCGUGCCGUCCGUCGCUUCUUCCAUCAAAAACUUCCCCAGCUACAGCUAUCCUUCGUACAGCAACAUACCUCUGAAGACGAUCGAUCAUCAUGUUCACGUACAAGUACCACAACCGUACCCAGUGCCGGUAACCAAGCAUGUCUCGUACCCCAUUCCCGUGCCUCACCGCGUCGAAGUGCCCAAACCAUACUACGUCCGUGUACCUCAGCCCGUUCAAGUCGCCGUGAAUCGUCCGUACCCCGUAGAAGUACCACGCCCGGUGCCGUACGUCGUGCCGCAUUACGUGCGAACCAGCGGUUAUCCAGUUAUCCAGCAGCACGGUGUUAUCGUGGACGCAAACAGAGCAUCAAGCAAUCCGUUCCAGGGCUUCUUCGAAAACGCCCAGUUCCAGAACGUGCUGGCGAACUUCCCGAACUUCCAGAACCCUUUGGAAGGCUUCCAGAACUCCUUCGAGAACUUCGAGCUGCCGUCUUUCCCCAACCUGCCAUCUUUCCCAUCUCUGCCGUCGUUCUUCCCGUCCCAGCAGCCGUCUCAACCUGCUAACAAUGCACCAUCCAGCGCCGACACAGUUGCCGUCGACAAUCUAGCGCUGAAGGUCGAGAAACCUAAAGUACUUAAACCGGCUACCACGUGUGCCGGAUGCUCUGUUGGAGCCGUCAACGGUGGUUCUGCCAGCGCCAGUGCCGUCUCUUCCGUCUCUAGUGGUGCAGCUGUUGCCACCAAGCAGGAUCAAUUGCAGGAACACGUGCAGUCCACCGAUGCCAACGGUGGUUACGUUUACUAGAAUGUUUUACCUGAAUGGACAUUGAAUAGGCUACUGGAAUUUCUUAGUGGAAAUGUUAAAAGAUCAUUUAACGCGAUGACAUAUUUCUGGUAUGUUGAAUUGAUCAAAAAGUUUGUUCAUUUUUUGUUUCAUUCCUUGUUUUAAUUAUUCUAAAUCUUUCUAACUUUCGAUAAUAUACAAUUUUAAUUUAUCGAUAUCGUUUCUCCGCUAUUUAAAGUUUUACAAGAAAACCAUGCAACCCAAAAUUCAAUAGUUUACUUUGCUUGAUGUAAAAUUUUAUUAAUUUAAAAAAUUUUUUUUUCUAAAUAGUAUUUUAUAUGAAAAAUUUUUACAUGCAAAAAACGAACAACUUUUUCAUCAAUGUAACAUUUUUAUCUUAAACGGAAACAAUCAUGAAUAAACAUCGCGACGUGAAAAAGAUAGACCUAGAUUACUUGAUAACUUAAAAUACUUGUAGCAUAUUAUAAUGUAAUUUUAAAUUUGAUAGAAUUUAAACGACCACAACAAGAUUUAUACGAUUUCUUUUAGGCAUUUGAAGGUCAGAAGCCUAUUAAGCUUAUCAGAAAAAAGAAUUAUUAUAGAAUUUAGAUAAUAUUUUUUUUACUUAAAUAAAAUUCGUUUAUUAC